UAAAUUAAUUGGUUUACGUAAAAGUUAUAGAUUUUACAAAUGGCAGUAUAUAUAUUGGAAUUUUUAUUUUUUACUAGUAAUGGCGGCGAUCAGCAACUUAUAGCGGAACUGCGGCGGGCAUUCUGGCACUGGGGGGAACUGAUUUGGUGUCAUUGACAUCCCCAGUGACACAAUACAGUGAUCAGUGCUAAUAAAAAGCACUGACACUGUACUAAUGGCACUGGGCAGGAAGGGGUUAACAUGUGGGGCAAUCAAAGGGUUAACUGCUGUGUGUGUGUGCUUCACUGUAAGCACACUGCUUUGUAUGUUUCUGCUAUGCAGAGCCAUACAAAGCAGUGUGCAGGAGCUGACAGAUCAGAUA